AGACGCCAGUGGCCACCCGGCCCCAGGAGCGCAAGUGCGGCUCUCCCCUAGCCGCACAGAUCCUGCAGGGGGCACCAGCCGGGAGGUGGAGGCUCCUCCCGCCUGGUGCUGCGACCCCACCAGUUCCGAGGGUGUAGCCGGCGGCGCCCGGGACGCCCCCUCCCCUCAAAGUGUCCCCGAAUUGCACUGCCUGGCCCCCAGAGCCUCAGCAGAGACAGCCGGGCGCCACGGCCACCCGAAGUUGGAUGUGACCAAGCCCAGCCUGGGGCCAAGUCGUCGUCGACCGUUGCCCCCUCGGCCCCUUCCCGCUCCUUCCUCGGCCAUGGCCCCAGGGAUGCCGGGCCGCGGCGGCGCCGCCCUGCUCUGCCUCUCGGCGCUGCUCGCCCACGCCUCUGGCCGCUCCCACCCGGCCAGCCCCAGUCCUCCGGGGCUGCAGGCCAGCCCGGUGCUGCCGGUCAGCUACCGCCUGUCACACACGCGGCUGGCCUUCUUCCUGCGGGAGGCGCGGCGCACGCCUCCCGCGAUCACCAACGGCUCCCUACAGCGCUCCGAGCCCUUCGUGGUGUUCCAGACCAAGGAGCUGCCCGUCCUCAAUGUCUCCCUGGGACCCUUCAGCACCAGCCAGGUGGUGGCCCGGGAGCUCCUGCAGCCGUCCAGCACCCUGGACAUCCCCGAGCGCCUGACGGUCAGCUGGAAGGUGCGAGCCUUCAUCGUCCACCCCCGCGUGCCUGCCUCGCAGCCAGUGGCCCAGGUGCUGUUCUACGUGGCCGGCCGGGACUGGGAUGACUUCGGUGUCACCGAGCGGCUGCCCUGCGUCCGCCUGCACGCCUUCCGGGAUGCCCGGGAGCAUCCCCUGCUGCGCAUCGGGAGCAUCAGCCUGUUCCGUCCGCCCCCCAGAAGGACCCUGCAGGAGCACAGGCUGGACAGCAACCUGAUGAUCCGCCUGCCUGACCGGCCCCUCAAGCCCGGGGAACUGCUCAGCAUCCUCCUCUACCUGGCCCCCAACUCCUCCUCUCCCUCCAGCCCCAGCCUGGAGCACUUCACUCUCAGGGUGAAGGCCAAGAAGGGUGUGACCCUUCUAGGAACCAAGUCACGGAGUGGCCAGUGGCACGUGACCUCGGAGCUGCUGACUGGGGCAAAGCAUUCAACAGCCACCGUGGAUGUGUCCUGGGCCCAGGGCACACCACUGCCCCUCUGGGAGGACCAGGGGCCCCUGGAGAUCCUGCAGCUGGACUUUGAGAUGGAGAACUUCACCAGCCAGUCAGUCAAGCGGAGGAUAAUGUGGCACAUCGACUACCGCGGCCACGGUGCCCUGCCUGACCUGGAGCGGGCUGUCACCGAGCUGACGGGCAUCCAGCGGGACGUGCAGGCCAUCCUGCCCCUGGCCAUGGACACAGAGAUCAUCAACACAGCCAUCCUGACCGGCCGGACGGUGGCCAUCCCUGUCAAGGUCAUUGCCGUCGAGGUGACCGGCCUUGUCCUAGAUGUCUCUGCCCUGGUGGAAUGCGAAUCUGACAAUGAGGACAUCAUCAAGGUAUCCAGCAGCUGUGACUAUGUGUUUGUUAGCGGAAAGGAGUCUCGCGGUUCCAUGAACGCCAGGGUCACCUUCCGCUACGACGUCCUCAAUGCCCCCCUGGAAAUGACAGUCUGGGUGCCCAAGCUGCCCCUGCACAUUGAGCUCUCGGAUGCCCGUCUCAGCCAAGUGAAGGGCUGGAGGGUACCUAUCCUUCCUGACUGGAGAUCAGCCCGGGAGAGUGAGGACGAGGACGAGGAUGAGGGACGACGGCAGAGCGCGAGCCGUGGCUGCACCCUGCAGUACCAGCAUGCCACCCUGCAGGUUUUCACCCAGUUCCACACGACGUCGGCGGAGGGCACCGACCAGGUGGUCACCAUGCUGGGCCCAGACUGGCUGGUGGAGGUCACCGACCUGGUCAGCGACUUCAUGAGGGUGGGUGACCCCCGAGUGGCACGCAUGGUAGACAGCAGCACGCUGGCCGGGCUGGAGCCAGGCACCACCCCCUUCAAGGUGGUUUCCCCCCUGGCGGAGUCCGUGCUUGGGGAGACACUGCUGACAGUGACAGAGGAGAAGGUCAGCAUCACGCAGCUGCAGGCCCAGGUGGUGGCCAGCCUCGAUCUCUCCCUGCGGCCCAGCCCCGGUAGCAGCCACACCAUCCUGGCCACCACGGCCGCCCAGCAGACCCUCAGCUUCCUCAAGCAGGAAGCCCUCCUGAGCCUCUGGCUCUCCUACAGCGAUGGUACCACGGCCCCACUCUCCCUCUACAGCCCCCAGGACUAUGGGCUGCUGGUGAGCAGUCUGGAUGAGCGCGUGGCCACAGUGACCCAGGACCGGGCCUUCCCACUGGUGGUGGCUGAGGCCGAGGGGGCCGGGGAGCUGCUCCGCGCAGAGCUCACCAUCGCCGAGAGCUGCCAGAAAACCAAGCGCAAGAGUGUGCUGGCCACGACCCCUGUAGGCCUGCGGGUGCACUUUGGGCGGGAGGAGGGGGACCCCACCUACGACUACCCCGGCCCCAGCCAGCCAGGGCCCGGCGGGGGUGAGGACGAGGCCCAGGGAGCUGGCCCGCCGGGCACUGCCGGAUCCCCGCCCGAGGCCGUGGGCCCGGGCACCGCCAGCCCGGCGGUGCCACCCACAGAAGAUUUCCUGCCACUGCCCACCGGCUUCCUGCAGAUGCCGAGGGGGCUGACGGACCUGGAGAUCGGCAUGUACGCGCUGCUGGGCGUCUUCUGCCUCGCCAUCCUGGUCUUCCUCAUCAACUGCAUCGUCUUCGUGCUGCGCUACCGGCACAAGCGCAUCCCGCCCGAGGGCCAGACCAGCAUGGACCACUCUCACCACUGGGUGUUCCUGGGCAACGGGCAGCCGCUGCGGGGGCAGGGGGAGCUGUCGCCACCCGCCAGCAACCCACUGGAGGCCGUGCCCGCCUGCUGCCACGGCGACCACCACAGCAGCGGCAGCUCGCAGAGCAGCGUCCAGAGCCAGGUGCACGGGCGGGGCGACGGCUCCUCGGGCGGCUCGGCCCGGGACCAGGCCGAAGACCCCGCCAGCUCUCCCACCUCCAAGCGCAAGCGGGUCAAGUUCACCACCUUCACGGCCCUGCCCUCGGAGGGGCUGGCCUACGACUCGGUGCCCGCCGGCGAGGAGGACGAGGAGGACGAAGAGGCCCUGGGAUGGGGCUGCCCAGAGGCGGCGGGCACCGCGCGGCCCACUCCGCCCCCUGACCUGCACAAUUACAGGCGCAGAGUCAAAGAGAUGGCAUAGAGGUGCGUCCCCUGCCCGCCACGGCCUGGGCUUCGUGUGGGACAGAGCCGGGACCCAGCUCACACUUGACACGGGCCGGCUGAAGUGGAUCUUAUGCUCCGGCCCCAGCAGCUUUGCUCCUCCCGGACGGCCUCCUCCUUGCCUCGCACCCUACCCUCCUCCGCCCCCAGAGGUGGAGGGGCCUUCCCCCUGGAGCUUGCUAAGAGGAGAGCAAUCCCAGCCUUCGUUCUACCCUUUCCAACCCUCCUCCUGUCUUGGACAGACCCCUGUCCCAAGACGGGGGCAAGGAGGCCGAGCUUGCGCCAAGGGUCCACACAAUGCCCCGCCCCAUCCCCCCAUGUCCUCUGCUUCCCCCUGUGUGGGGGGGCUUUGGGGGGGCCUUGUGUCACAAGCUGCACAAAGACUUUUCUCAAACCGCUAUUCAGGGAUUUCUGUCCUGCAGGGUGGGGAGGCGGCAGCUGCCUGCCCUGCCAAGGAUCUUGCUGUGGACAGAACAUUUGCGGGGCAGGGGAUAUUUGUAGCAUCUGCUGGCUUCUGGGUGCCCCCCACUCCCUUCCCAGGACCUGGGAACUGACUCUCCAAAGGGGUCUGGGGCCAAGCCAGGCGCCUCUCUGAGAUCUCAGGACUCCAUCCUGUGCCCCCAAGGGCUGUGGGCAGGCCCUCAAUGGGGAGGAGUCCUCAGUCCACCCCAGAGCACUGUGGUCCGGGUGCCUGGGAGCCCUGGGUACCCCACGCCCACCCCUCAGCAAGGUCAGCACUACGCCUUAGCCGUCCCUCCUGCUCUGCUGAGCACUCCUUCCUCUCUGCAGGGGCAGCCACCCGCCCCGCUGCUAGGCAGAAUCCGGUGGGAGGGGGAGAGGGCGCCAGGCAGUGCUGGGAAGGACCCUGGGACAAGCAAGGCAGAAGGGAGCCCACGGAUCCCCUACCCCAUCCCACAGCCACCCCUCUCUCGGGUUCUACCCACCACUGUGUCGGAUUUUUCUUAAGUAAAUGGAGGCGACCAGACUGGGGGCGGGGGCAGCAGCAGCUCCCAGAGAACAGGCAGUA